UCGUAUAUUAUGUCUUUCUUUCCAUCCAUCCAGCUAGCUCUUGGUUACUGGUCAAAGGCGGGGUUAACCCUGGACAGGUCACCAUUCUGUUGCAAGGCCACACAAUCGCUUCCACACACUCACACCGAGGUACACUUCACAGUAACCAAUGAAUAAUGUUUUUGGACUGUGGGAGCAAGCCGGAGUGACACAAGAAACCCACCCAUGCACAGGGCGGAUAUACAAACUACACACAGAAAAGUCCUAGCUGGGAUUUGAACACGAGACUUCUCAGCAUGAGGCGAGCAUGCUAACCACUAUAGGUGUGAUGUCAACAGUUGGUGUAUAGAGGCUAUACACCCAGGCGAUUUGUGUGUGUUAAUGAGUAAGUGGCGUAGCAGCAGAGAGCCGUGGAUGCCAAGAUGCUGCUGUCUUUGGGAAUGCUGAUGCUCUCAGCCACACAGAUUUACACCAUCUUCACCGUUCAGCUCUUUGCCUUCCUCAACCUGCUGCCUGUGGAGGCGGACAUUGCUGCUUACUCGUUUGACAACAAAACAGAAAACUUUGAGGAUAUGCCGGCUCGGUUUGGCUUCCGGCUCCCCAGUGAUGGAUUAAAGGGCUUUCUGAUUGGUGCACGACCAGAAAAUGCUUGUGAACCCAUCGAACCUCCACCCAGCGACAACUUGACGGGUGCCUUCAUCGUCCUCAUCAAGCGCUUUGACUGCAAUUUUGAUGUUAAGGUCCUCAAUGCUCAGAAAGCUGGAUACAAGGCAGCCAUUGUUCACAAUGUAGACUCUGAUGACCUAAUCAGCAUGGGAUCCAAUGAUUUGGAUGUUGUGAAGCAGAUAGUUAUUCCUUCUGUGUUCGUGAGUUCAGAAGCUGCCAACACUCUAAAAGGAGACUACAUGUAUGAUAAAGGGGGGCAUGUAGUCCUCAUCCCAGACUUCAGCCUGCCUCUGGAGUAUUAUCUGCUACCCUUUCUCCUCAUCGUUGCAAUUUGCCUCAUCCUCAUUGCAGUUUUUAUGAUCACUAAAGCUGUUCAGGACUGUCGCAAGGCUUGGAAGAGCCGUCUGCGCAAAGAUCAACUGAAAAAGCUUCCGAUCCACAAAUACCAGAAAGGAGACAGCUAUGAUGUCUGUGCCAUCUGCCUGGAUGAAUAUGAAGAAGGAGACAAACUCAGAGUCUUGCCUUGUUCACACGCUUAUCACAGCAAGUGUGUGGACCCCUGGCUGACCAAAACUAAGAAGACGUGUCCGGUGUGCAAGCAGAAGGUGGUCCCUUCACAGGGCGACUCCGAUUCAGAGGAGGAGAGCAGUCCCGAAGACAAUGAGGAGGUGUCUGAGAGCACGCCGCUGCUGCGCUCACUGGCCUCCACCAGCGCUCACUCUUUCGGGACCAUGUCGAGCGCGUCGCACACGGAGCAGGACUCCUCCGAGUACGAGGACGAGGAGCUGGACAGCAGCGACAGCGAGGAGGUUACCUUAGAGACUGUGGUGGUACAGAUGCAGCAGCCAUGCUGCGAAAGCCACGAUCAGGAUCUGCCUCGAGCUUGACUGACAUGCUUGAAAGUUACUGAGCCCCCACCAACCUGAAGACUUUUGCUGGAGCCAUUCAUCCUGCCCAUCACCGCUUACAAUACAGUAGUAUUGUAAUUGCAUCUUUAGGAUUUCAAAUAACCAUUUUUGUGUUUACAUGAUUACUACUUUGUGCGUGGUCCUUCAUGUUCAGGCUGCUGAGGCAACACUGGCUUUGGAUCAGACUGAAGCAGCAUCUAGAGCCACAGCAAUAUUAUGCCAAUUUGUGAAACAUUUCAAGGAGUUUUUGUGCUCCUGCGUUUUGUGCCACUGCUCAUCUGUUACAUUGAUUCACAUGUAAAACCGAAAAAAAAAAACUUUUUUUUUUUUAAAUAAAGGUUGAAACAAUUACAACUUAUGAAUUUAACAUGUUGCAUGUGGGUAAACUGAUAGUUACCGGUCAGGUAACUUCCAAUACUCAAUUUGGUGCACUGAAUUUCUGGGAAAUAUUUCUUUUUGUAAUUAAAAAGCCUCAUUUGGCCUGAUGAUUUUGUCUGUCCUGUUCAUGAAUGCCAUGCUUAUAAGCUUGCUUCAAUAAAACAAUUGAUUUGCCCACAAACUGAUCAAAACCUUACUUUGACAAAUCACAUUUUAAUUCAGCAUCAAGAUUGUUUUUCUAAAUAUUUCAGUUUUCUUAUGAUAGUGGUUUAAAUUUUAAUUUCACCUACACUGUCAGUAUAUUUUAUUCUAACAGAGUACUUUCUAUAAAAGUAACUUUUUGCUAAUUUGAACCAGAUGUCUCAAAUGUGUUUUUCUUCCCACUGCUUAGUCAUUUACCUCAAAACAUCAGGCAAUUUAUAAUAAAACUGCUAACAUGCUAUUUUUCAACCCAGCUCUUCAAACAACACAGACAUGUAAAACUUCAAAUAUUUUGAGAAAUGUAUACUUUAUUCCGUUUGUUUAAAAUUCCACCCCAGAAGCAUUUUUGUACAUAGACGGAGCUCAGGUUAAGAACCGACAGUAGAAUGGUUUCUUGUUGGAAUAAAUUUAUUUGAUCUGUCUGUAAACAAGGUGAUAAAUCAAUUUAUGGCAUUUGCUUGAUGCAUAUGAAACCAGAUGCAUUAAAGACUGUAUCCCAGAUGUAAGAAAAAAAAUGGUGAGUAAAGAGAAUGAACAAAAGAGAAACAGGACUUUUUGUCAUUUAAAUGAGUACAUAUGUCCCAAAGGCCUAAACAGUGGAGCAGAAGCUAGAACAAAGUAAAAGUACAGAUGAAUCAACUUUGUAGUGAAGAGUGGGUGAAAGUAAUCCCACAACAGAUCUUUACAAUAUGGCACAGGAUACACAAGUUCUGCAAUUAUACUUCAACAACCAUGAGUGUCUUUGUUUGGACUAAUCCAGCGAGUGUGGGCUCUACUUUUAGGUUAGUUUUCAGCUGGACGUUACAGUUAGCAGUACUGAGCAUGGACAGACCAUGUGACAAAAAGCUCAGCUGACUAUAAAGUAGAAGGCAAUUUAUUCCACAGUUAUGUAGUUGUCAACACAGCGAGGGUUUGUACAAAUGCAAUCAUUUUUCUAAACUAUAAAGACAACAUUUUUCAACUUCCCUCACCCUUUACCUACCCCGUAGGCUGAUCGUUUUAACCAUUCAAUUCUUGUUUGUACCACAUCCUUCAGCAGGAAUUAGUCCUGAUCUAGAGCAAUUGUAUAAACACACAACUGUGACUACACUUGGUCCUAUAAAGAAAGGAAAUGGUAUUUAUUUUGUGGACAACAUAGUUGUGUGCAGGGAUUAUUUAUCAAAAAAAAUGGCAGCUUUAAAAAAAAAAAAAAAA